AUGGGAAAGAGAAAGGCUUCCUUGUCGUCUGCGUGCUCUUCUUCACCCGGUGCUCGCCCGACAUCGCCGAUUGAAGAUGAAGGAAGACGAAGUCGUCUCCAGCGAAGGAGACUCGUCAGCGAGGACGACAGCCUGAGCAGCUCGACAGGGCCAGACGCAACUGUGACCUUGCAGGAUGAGGGGCACAAGAAAGCGUCCACAAGCUCGCGCAGCCGCAUGAAGGGCAAAGCGACGUGCUGCGACGAAACCGCGCACGAAACGGCCGACGACGACGGGGAUACGACAAUGCAAGUAGACGAGAGCGAGGUGCCGUCACCCAAGCCUAUUGGCUCCUCUGGAAACGACGGCUCUGUCAGUCGAGCCAGCCAACGCCUGAGAGACAAGGGCAAAGCAAAGGACGAGUUCAUCUCAAAUGCACCGCCGGCCUCCCAGGCAUCGUCCAGGUCAAGCACUUCUGGCGAUCAGUCAACGACAUUGGCAGACAGCCGUCAACACCCUCACUCUUCGCCCUCGCUGCCGGCGCUCUCGGAUGAUCAACAGACAACUCUACCGCUAACGCAUCCAAUCAGCCGUUUGGCUGACGCCAAUCGAGGCGGACUUAGACACCCUGCCAUCACCAGUGCUCUGGGCAGAGCAGCGAUGGGUCGUGCUGAGCAGCCAGGCAUCAUCGCUGGGACCAAUCGUCACAGUCGCGGAGGGUCAGAACCAUACAGGACGAGCAUGGCCAGAGGUGGCCAGCACGAGAGCGUUCAUCAAGAGGGUCCACACUCUAUUCUCUCGGCCCUUUUGGCAGAUAUUCUGGGCCUCAACGGCCGUCCGGCCACAGCUGCCUCUGGAGCACCGACGGGAAGCGCCGCCUCCCCCUCUGGUCUGAUGAACCCCUCGACCACAACGUCAGGUCUGACAUCCGGAACACCUUCGACACCACCUCAGGGAGGUGCCGGACCCUUCGAAUCUCAGCGCAGACCUCGCAAUCCCAACGUUGGAGGCACAUCGGUCAUAGUCCAGGGCGCCCUCAUCACCAGGACAGCGCAUUCACAGGGUCAAAAUGCGCAGAGGGACUCAAGCGAGCAACGUUCUCAACAACACACCAAUGAAUUCGCAAAUGAAGCGCAACAGCAACAGCAACAGCGACAACAACCGCCAGGGACAGGAACCAGCUGGUCUCCUCCACCUGGCACUGGACCUGCAGCUCAAGGACAGGGAGGCGAAGGAGUGGCCACGAUUGAGGAACAGGCCGACAUGCUCUCCAGGCUCCUCUCCGUCGCAACCGCUGCCACGGCUUCGUCGCUUGUUUCCAAUGCCCUCCUGGCUCAGCCGCAACGGCGACCGCCCUCGGUGUCUUCUUCUCUAUCCCAACAACGACAAGAAGGAUCGUCCUCGUCCCUGCAUCGCACCCAGUCUCGCUCCUCCGUACUGUCCUCGAAUUCGGCUGCGAGGUGGAGCAACAGGAUCUCGUCCAUUGUCGAAAGAAUCUCGGGCAUUGGAGAGAGAAUCUUUGGUAGUCGAAGGGGAAAUGGAAUGGAGGCUUCAACGACGUCCAACGUCCCAUCGCAGCAACUUCACCAAGGGAGCACGAGCACGGCAAGUGAUGAGGAGGCACCUUCUGAGAACUCGCGUUCCAUCAACAGCGUCUCCUACAUGCUUCGAGAAGCGAUACGUGAAGGCAUCGAGGGUCCCCGGAUGCGCCGUGCGAAUCCUUCCACGAGAGCGCCAUUGCCGACUCGGGACAUUACGGAGAGAGCCUCUGUCGAUGGCAGUGCCGCAGGCUCCGCCGUUCCUCAAACCGAUUCUACUGUCAAUCCAGACGCAACAGAGAGAAUCAGACGGGUCGAUGCCAUCCUCGAUGCCGUCCGUCAGGGCUCGCAGGAACGAGGGGAGCCAGGCAGCUUCGAUCGCUUCAUUUUCGACCUGGCAGAGGACCUCAAUGUUGCCGUCCGGGGUCUUCCUUCAUCUUCAGAGCCACCAAGAAGCGUCGUGGCCGUGGCCGAAGGCGAGCAGCGUAGGAGACAGGAUAUCCAGGGCGGCCAGCUUUCGUUUUACCGAUCUUUUACCUUCCCCGCUGCACCGCCUAGAGCCCUUCCAAGGAAUGAUGGGGAGACACACGCAGGCGCGGGAGGUGGUCCACCUUCUUCGGAUGGCAACGUCACGUCCUCCCCGCCUCGACCUCACUCUGACCCACCGCUCUUUCCCUGCAUUGUGGUCGGUGUGCGCAGCCUGGAUGCAGCCGAGCCUGCUCUGAACGAACAGACUGCGAGACAGCCUACGGCGAGUGUCAACACUUCCGCAAAUACUGCCGCGGCUUCGACCCCUGAUGCGUCUAAUGAUACGACCCAAGGUGCGACACCGGGAGGAACCACUGCGCGACCUGAACAGAUUCCGUCACCGCGCUUUCUUCUCUUUGUCUCUGGCGGUCACUACCCCUCGUCACACCCCGUCUUUCACGCCUCCUCCGAGGAAGCAGGUCGCGAUCUGAUGAUUCUCAUGGAGUUCCUCGGAGCCAUGGCCACGUUCCAGCACAAGCCUUCGACAGUGACCCGCGAGCAGAUCGAGCAGAGCGAUCUUCGUGUGGUCAAGGGAGACCCCAUCCAGAUUCUAGACUUGCUAAAGCUGGGACAGGUGACGGAGAACACCAGCGAAAAGUGUCUCAUCUGCCUAGAGGAUUGGAAGAGCACAAUGACGAUGCCCAACCAGGAGGACGAGAAAGAGGUCGAAGUCGACGAAGAGCGAAGGCUCCUGGGCUGCAAGCACCUCUUCCAUUCUGCGUGCAUCGACCAAUGGCUCAUCAACAGCAACAACUCGUGUCCAAUCUGCCGCCGGCAGGCCGUCUUCGCGCCUGGCGCACCCAGACCCAGCGAGCAUCCUGUCGUGCCCCCUACUGCUGCUGCCGCUGCUGCUGCGGGUACUUGA